AUGGCCCAUAUUGGGCUCCAACCAUUUGUUUCUGGUUUGGACUGGAUUCCCAGGUGGUCAUCAACCAUCUUCAACCCGCGAAAGACCACGCGAAAGACCACCAUCCACUCGGUCCGGGGGGCCAGGAAGGCCCCCGGUGCGGCCUAUGCUGAGGUUCUGAGCUCUGACCCGUUCCCUGCCGAAGCCGAAAAGAGAGCUCUGGCAGCCCUGGCUUGGUUUGGUUUUGAGGCUUGGAAGCGGUAUAGCGAGGAUGAAAGCAACAGCAGCGCUUCAACAUGGAAGAUUGUUUCUCGUGAGAACAGUAGACUCUUGAAACGCUCAGUGGACUCUUUCAGAUGUGCAUGCACCAGCAAGCAGUGA